GGACGUCACCCACGCGCAAGCCACAUUAUUGUGGCUGGUAAGGAUAGCUCUUAUCGGAGAUAAGAUAAGGCGGCUGGUGGUGGGACAGCCCCUCCUAAUUACCUACGUACCUCACAGGUAGCUUAACGGAGAUAUCAAUUGUCUUGCCGUUCUGCACAACAAUACACCACUACGCCGCGUCGCAAGAACCCUGAAGGGGCAAGAGGCUAUAUAAGAGCGAGGAAACUUCUCUGUGGACGAUGCAAAAAGCAGCAUCUGCUCUGAAAUAACCAUCAUCAAUACCUAGACACAAUGGCUGACACUCCGCAGCCCGCGGGCCCUGGCGGCUUCUUUCCGUCACAGUCUCUCCCUUCGCCUGCGCCUAGCAGUGCCUCGGCGCGCUCAAAUGCGGCUUUGCCGCAUCCCCGUGCCAGAUCGCUCCGACCCGGGUCCAACAAGGAAGAGACGGUACGUCGCUACGUUGAGGAACGUCUCGCCGUCGUCAAUCGUCGUUAUGUCAAGAAGCAUGGCAAUGCCGAGCCCGGCGACGAAGUCAUAGGCUACAAGAGCUUUACCGAGCUCUGCAAGGACCUACAUAACGUUAUUGACGUUUUAUGGCUGUCCGGAACACCGAGCAUACAGAUUCCCUUCUUCUUGAAUAUUGCCAGCGACUUCACGCAAUGGAUUGACGCCUUCACUCCUGCCCCGAAAGCUACCUUCUCUGUCUUGAAGAAGCUGGACCAUUGCUUCGCGAGCCUUUUGACCGGACGUGAUAUCGAGACUAAAGACACUUUGCCCGGCUUCGAGAACGGCAUGAGAGCUGGUAUGUCCACCACGGACAUGGUGCGGUGCCGCAGCUCGGUGGAACAGACACGACUAGUUAUUGUAGAGGUCCUUACCAAGGAGCCCGACGGAGACGACGAUAUGGAAGACGACGAGACAGAUGCGAAUAGCGACACUGAACUCGAGGACGCAAUGGAUACAACGUGGGACGAAGACGAGGACAGUCUUUACAUGGACGCAGCACGAGUCUACGAGCACACUAUUGUGCGGCUGGGUGAGAAGCUGGGGGAUGUAUUUGGACCUGCGAUUCCUGGCGCGAGCAAUGAUACCACCUGCUCUGCGGGUUGAAUACGGUCUAUUUGGUCCCGGUAGUCAUAACGCGGACCUCGACUUACAUGGCUAUCCAGCUACAGCGAGCAGGCCACGGUGUGUACCUAAACUCUCCGCCCAGAAACUGGAGAUGACACGUUGCUCGACAUUGGCCAGAAAGAGCCCGGGAAUCUAGCUCGCCACUCCACUGAUCGGUUCAUGGAGUUGAUCCAACCUAGACACGGCGAUGCGAUUUGUGAGCAGUAUAUGACAACGGCGUUCAAGGAACAGCGACUAUGAACUGUCAGUUGUUCAGGUAUAUGGCAGUAUUGAAGGAUACCCAGCACUACGAUUGAUGUUUCGUUGGUUUACUACGGCGUGGGUUGGCUGCACUAUAACGAAAUGUCUCAUUGUUGCUUCGGAAGAUAGAUCGAUAAAGCUUUCGUUAUAG